GUGAAAAGAGCAGACAGGAUAAAAUUUCACUCUCACUACAGAAGAUCAUAGACGAGUCGAUGGAGAUGCAUAAAUUUAUUGAAAAUCCUCUUAAUGAAGCUUGGUUGGCAAUAUACCACUUGUCCAAUGGAAGCGAAGUCGUUCUCAAUGUUGUCAUUCCUCUUAUCAUAAUGCUCACUGUAUACUGGAUAGUUUCGGCUUUUUUUACGUUCAUUGACAUGACUGGGAAGCCAGAAUUUUUAAAACAGUUUAAAAUACCGGACCCAAAUGUCACCAAAUAUCCGAUAGUAACACCAGAAAAGCUGCAGAAUGUCAUCCGUAAUGUUUUAAUCAACCAAACUUUAAUCGCUGUUCCUGUAAUAUACCUAUGCUUUGUUCUGAAGAGGUACAGAGGGUACGACAAUGGAAUACAGCUCCCGAGCAUCCAGAGGUUUAUAUUCGAUAUUCUAAUGCAAGUGCUUAUGGAGGAAAUCUUCUUUUACUAUUCUCACAGGCUUCUUCACCAUUCUCUCUUUUACAAAAGAUACCACAAAAAACAUCACGAAUGGAUUUCUCCCGUGGGGCCUAGCGCCAUCUAUUGCCAUCCAGUGGAACAUGUGCUGUCUAAUGUGUGGCCAACUUUUAUCGGCUCAGUCAUUGCCGGAAGUCAUGUCACAUCUCUUUGGGCUUGGCUCACAUUUGCAACAGCUUAUGGAGUCAUUGUGCAUUCCGGUUAUCAUUUGCCACUGACCCCCACACCAGAAUUUCAUCAUUAUCAUCACCUUAAGUUCAAUGAAAAUUUUGGAGUGGCAGGAAUACUUGACUGGCUGCAUGGGACUGAUAAGCAAUUCCGAAAAUCGCAGGCUUAUGAAAGGAACAGAGUUUUAUUUUCUUUAACGCCUUUACACUGACGAAUGUGACAAAGAUGUCCUUAAAAUAUAACUCGCAGUAUUCGUGUUUUAUGCAUGAAUUAGAAUCUACUGUAAGAAAUCUUAAACAGUUUCAAGUUACAGAAAAAAAAUUCUGUCGUGAUAAUGCAGUGCUCCUUGUCACAGUCCAAAGAAGAGGAUAAUGCCGGAGUUAUCCUUUCUGCUAUGUAAAACAUCUCUGUUAUCCACCCUAUUAUGGAGAAAGUGAAAGAUUGCCUUAUGAAAACAAAAUCUAGUAUAUGAAUAGAAUGAAGAAAUUAUAAAAAUGAUUAAUAGUAAGUUAGUUAAUAGUGAACUUCAUAGUCAUAUUUAUGUAUUUUAUUCAAUAAUUUAUGUUAAAUUAAAUGGCAACAAAUAAAAUAACAAAGUAUCAAAUACAACAGAUAGCGGAUAAAAAGUAAAUAUCAUCGAUUGCAUAUAUAUAGUAUAUGUGUUAAAAUUAGAUACGUUUUCUAAGAUUGUUUUGAAAAACUGUUUCCUAAAUUUUCGUUUGUUUUCUUUCUCUUGUGUUUCUCUAUCAUUAACUUUAUGAUGGAAUAAUCAUAAGAGGCAUAAUCUAUAUAUUUAUAUUUUUGAACUCCCUCUCCGUUCAUUGAAGAACACAGUGGGAGCAAGUGGCACUAGAAAAACUUUGUCGCUAAACAACCGGAUCAAAGUGUGUGCAAAGAAUUUUUCUUAAGUUUCAAAGUAGUGCGCCUUGUGAUUUAUAUAAAGAGAGAGAAAAACGGACUAAUCACAGCCACAUACAUUUAGAAAUUCUAUGAUAUGCUAUUUUGGCAGCUGUAAAAAUAAGCCACUUUGGCAGAGGUAUUUGAAGGCUGUUGUAGUUUUAGUUUUAUUGAGGUAAAAGUUUAGAUGUUUCUAAUGUUUUGCCUUACCAGAAGCGCAUGUUUUAAAUUCAUAUGACCAUUAAAAAUGCUAUAACGAAACUUUGGAAUUCACCGAUAAGGUAGGCUUGCCAGCACAUCAAAUUCGCCGAAAUUUUAGAGGGAAUGAAGCAUUACUCUCUCCUAAUUUACCAGGUGUGGACGUUACUAAGAUAUUUGCCAAUAAUGGCAAUGGUAACUGCGGUGUUUAAAUCCUACUGUACACGCUUCUUAAAAAAUUAAUAACACGUAACAGUAUAUACUAGUGCAGUGGUUCUUUCUCUUUUCUAUGCACAAUACUCUGAGCAGCUAUUUAAUAAAUGUCUUCAUCCCGAACACUUUCCUUCUAGUGUUCUUAGACUGGCAGCUAGCUGGUUGAUAACUCGUGUUUCGUCUCUCAAGAAAUCACUUUUUCUUUCACCCUCACUUUCCCUAGAAAGUCUGUCUCUCAACAUCUAGAGUGCAGGCAUCCUAGGUGGAGAACUCCUUGUUUAACAGAACCCAUAUUCUGAGCUUCAUGUUAUUCCCUUGAUAUAUCCACAACUUCUAACGCCUGUUCGUGUGCAAAUUCCGAAUUUUUGUACAUAAUAUUACUAACCCUUUAGUUUUACGUUCUUGAUUUUUCUUCAAAUUUCUUUAACGAUAAUUUGAUUUGCUUUGCUUUUAAGUGUUCUAUUUCGGAAUUGGUUUUCUUUCAUGGAAUUAUAAGCAAAACGUGCAUAAUUUGGGAAAUUGCGAUAUAAUGUUCCGCUUUAUAAUAAGGGAGUGCUGUCAAAAAAAAUUAAAUAAAUGCCUAGAUCUGAAAGCAUAAGGCUGAAGAAAUGUUAUUGUGCAUAUGUAUAAAUAUAACCAAGAUCGUGUGUCGAAAAUAGUCAGCUUUUCUAAAAAUACUCAUUUAUUCCAUGAUCUUAUUCUCAGAGCAGCGCAUUGAGAGCGUGUGUAAUGUUCAUGUCACUUUUUUCAUUUUAAUAAAUCGGGAAAAAUGUG